GCAAUUCUUAGUGACAAGUGUUUUUUGUUAGUGACUUGAAAUGAAAUAUAUUUUAUAACUCUGGUUUCGUAUUUUUUAGUGCUCAUGCUUUUCAUAACACCUUGGCUCCACAGGGACAAUUUUGACAUGAAAAGGACAUCUAGUUCCAUUAAUGCCAUUGACUUGCCAUCUUUAUAGAAAGUGGUAUGGAGUGGGCCUGACCCUAGAGAGAGAGCAAAUGACCAGAUCACUUGUGCUCCAUGGUGCCCUAAGCAAAGUGUUCAAGCCCUCAAAAAGGAAAGAAAAUGUAUAUUCUACAUUUUCACUGACCCCCAUGAUAUAUGAUGGAAAGAAGAACAGAGCUGGCUCUUUAACAAGUAAGGUUUUCUACAUUAAAGGCGGUUCUCAAAGCAGACUUCUAGAUAAAAGUGAGAUUUGAAGAGGUGGAAUCUAUGGUUGUUCUAGAAGAUGGCAGCAGCUAUGAUGGUAAACACACACGAAGAGCAGCAGAAGCACAAGACUGAGAGAGGAGAGGUGGUUAUGGAGCACAUCACCAAGCACCCUCUGCAAAACAGGUGGGCCCUAUGGUUCUUCAAAAAUGAUAAGAGCAAGACCUGGCAGGACAACUUGCAGCUUGUCACCAAAUUUGACACUGUAGAAGACUUUUGGGCGCUGUAUAGCCAUAUCCAGUUGGCCAGCAAAUUGACUUCUGGCUGUGACUACUCCCUUUUCAAGGAUGGCAUUGAACCUAUGUGGGAAGAUAACUGGAACAAGUGUGGUGGUCGUUGGCUUAUCACGUUAGCCAAGCAGCAGCGGCAUACAGAGCUUGACCGAUUCUGGUUAGAGACUUUGCUGUGCUUGAUCGGAGAAAUGUUCAGUGACUACAGCGAUGAUGUAUGUGGGGCAGUCAUCAACAUACGCACCAAAGGAGAUAAGAUUGCUAUCUGGACCCGGGAGGCAGAGAACCAGGAUGCAGUCAUUCAUAUUGGGUACCUGGCGUAUAUACAAGGAGCAUCUGGGCUUAUCUUCAAAAGUGGUGAUUGGUUACCAAGCCCAUGCUGACACAGCCACCAAGAGUGGGUCCCUCAUGAAGAACAAGUUUGUGGUGUGAAGCAAACAGCUUGGAGCUUUACUAUUGGAGAUAUCUACCAUUACAGCAUGGUUGGAGAUGAUUAUGAUAGAAAAUGACAUUUAUCUACUGUCAGUAUUAAAGUGUUGCAACACGGUCUUCUGUCAGUGGCCUGGAUUGGAGUUUUGGAAAAACAGUUUUAUUAUUUGUUCUGGUAGCCUUGUGUGGGUUUCCCAAAGAAAGCUUGCUAAGAGCAGGAGCUAUGUAUUUUGCUAAAGUUUGUACACAGUUACCAUUCAUCCCAGUGUCCAUGUGAGAAAAUGAGAACUUCUUCAUAGCUGGACAACAGAUUAAGCAUCCUGACAUGUAUUUCUCUUGUCUCUGCUGCACUCAUCUUUGCACCACAGUUGGUUCACUUUGUUGUUUCCCUUGUCUUAAGGGCAAGUGGUCAGAAACAGGAAACUUGUGAUCUUUCAGCUGUUUGAGACGUUCACCAUCUUUCACCAUUGACUAUGCCAUGUAGGGCAGAUAGUAGUUGCAGUUCAGCAACAUCUGGAGGGCCAAAAGUUUUCCAUCUUGAGACAAGCAUAUAAUGGUGAGGAGAAAUAUAUGAUCCCAAAAUGUUAUUAGAUCUGCAUCUGACUCCAUAAUCCUAGAUAAAAGGCAAUACAUAACCUGUUUAAACAACAUGAAAUGUAUUUUCAACUGUUUCAGCAGUCAAUAGCCAUAUAUGGAAAAGUAUGGGACUUUAGAGUCAGUGUGUGGUGGCACAUUCUUGAGCAGCAAUGACUUUAAGGAAGGAUUCCUUUAACUGUUGGUCAAUCUCUCACAUCUGAAUUUUGACCCUCUGUUCUUAUGGAAUGGUUUCAAUUCAGUAACCUUUGAGGACUUCUUUUCAUGAACUGACUCCUGUUUUUGUUGAGACAUUUUGAUGGAGUUUAAAACCAGACUUUGAAAAGACCCUUGAAAAACAUAGGAUUUAUUCUUCUACACCAUUGUUAUAGAUCUACAUGUAUAUUUAGGAUCACUGUUGUGUUGCACUUAGUUCACCAUACUAGAUGAUUGUGAUGAGAUACUAUUUGAACUCAGUGUUUUUCACUAAACAUAGUGUAAUAUAUCUCAUAGAGGCAAAAAAAAAAAAAGAAAGAAAGAAAUAAAACCCUCUGACUCUGUCCAAAAACCAUGGGAAUAAUAAAUGUUAUGUUUAGCUAACUUCAGAUGUGAAUAAAUGUUACUUUCAGAGAA